GGGGGGGUUUAAAUAGGCCCAUAAACCAAAACAGAAACCGCCUUUGCUCCGGCAAAAGAAGGAACGGUUAACCCCCUGAUUGAAACUCCUUCUCUCUCUCUCUCUCUCGACGAUCGCAAAGUCUCAGUCUCAGCCUUACCCGAUUCCCGUUUGGUGGGAGAUGGAAUCCACUGCGAGUAGCGCUAGAUUAGUUGGCGGGAAUCAAGUUUCGCUGCCCUUGACUACAACAACUCAUAGAUUUGCCCAAGUGAAAAGAAAAGGAAACUUUCAACCUCUCUCUGGUACUACUAUAAAUGAUCUCUCCAUUCAUCACACCAACAACAAUCCACACUCGUCGGUGUCUCCUCCAUUUGUGACUCGCCGGAAGAGCCAGAUUAACCCUGACAUUGGUGUUUUCGAGUUGGAGGAACACGAUGACUCACUCCCGGAGGUGAAUGAGGUUCAAACUGGGAAAUCACGUCCUGUGGAUGUAAAAAGAGAACUCGUUAUGCUCUCUCUUCCUGCCAUUGCUGGACAGGCUAUUGAUCCUUUGACGCUGCUCAUGGAGACUGCUUACAUUGGAAGACUCGGAUCUGUAGAGCUGGGCUCGGCUGCCGUUUCUAUGUCCAUCUUCAAUACCAUAUCUAAGCUCUUCAACAUUCCUCUCCUCAGCGUUUCCACUUCUUUCGUCGCUGAAGAUAUCGCUAAGGUUGCCGCCCAAGAUUUAGCCCAAGAGGAUAUGCACAGUGACAGAGUCCCUUCUCAAGGUUUACCAGAAAGGAAGCAGUUAUCUUCAGUGUCUACUGCGCUAGUGUUAGCCAUUGGAAUUGGCAUCUUCGAGGCACUUGCCCUGUCUUUGGCUUCUGGACCUUUUUUAAGGUUAAUGGGUGUUCAAUCUACGUCAGAAAUGUUCAUUCCUGCGCGGCAGUUUCUUGUCCUUAGAGCACUUGGUGCCCCUGCUUAUGUGGUCUCUUUAGCUCUUCAAGGCAUUUUCCGUGGAUUCAAGGAUACUAAAACUCCAGUCUACUGUUUAGGUAUUGGUAAUUUUCUGGCUAUAUUUCUGUUCCCUUUGUUUAUCUACCAGUUCAAGAUGGGUGUAGCUGGGGCAGCAAUCUCUAGCGUCAUAUCCCAGUACACUGUGACCAUAUUAAUGAUUAUGCGUCUGAACAAAAGAGUUAUACUGCUUCCUCCAAAGAUGGGCUCACUAAAGUUUGGCGAUUACCUAAAAUCUGGGGGAUUUGUUCUUGGAAGGACUCUAUCAGUGCUCAUGACCAUGACUGUUGCCACGUCAAUGGCGGCUCGCCAAGGAGCUUUUGGUAUGGCAGCACAUCAGAUAUGCAUGCAAGUUUGGUUGGCGGUAUCUAUGCUUACGGAUGCACUAGCUUCAUCUGGACAGGCCUUAAUCGCGAGUUCUGCAUCCAAAAGAGACUUUGAAGGUGUGAAAGAGGUUACAACAUUUGUUCUCAAGAUAGGAGUAGUGACAGGCAUUACGCUGGCUAUUGUGUUGGGGAUGUCAUUCAGUUCAAUAGCUGGUUUGUUCUCCAAAGACCCUGAAGUUCUGCAGAUUGUGAGAAAAGGUGUAUUGUUUGUAGCGGCAACUCAACCAAUCACAGCGCUAGCGUUUAUAUUUGAUGGACUGCACUAUGGAAUGUCGGACUUCCCGUAUGCAGCUUGGUCGAUGAUGGUGGUGGGAGGAAUAUCAUCAGCGUUCAUGCUGUAUGCACCAGCAGGGAUGGGGCUAAGUGGAGUGUGGGUGGGGCUGAGUAUGUUCAUGGGGUUUAGGAUGGUGGCUGGAUUCGGCAGAUUAAUGUGGAAGAAGGGACCAUGGUGGUUCAUGCAUACAAGUGACAAGCGUCUUGCUUAAAAGCUGCGUGCGAGAGAGAGACGUGCCCCGCGUUCAACUUGUUACAGACGUGCCCCCCUUAAUGUUAAUUACGUUGUAGUCUCAUUAUUAGCUUCAUUUGUUAGACACAACACUCAUUCUUCGAUUUCGCCCUUGUAGUAAAAUCAUUACUAGUAUUGUGUUAUGUUAGCUUUUAUAAAAUUUCGGUUAAAA